AUGCUGAAUAAUAACAAUUAUAAGGAAGCUGCAGAGAAGAUACAACAGAUCAUAAACUCCCUAAAAAGGUCACAGUUGAAGCUAGCUACACACUAUACUGAUGCUCUUGCAUUGGAAGAAAAAGACUUGCUGAUCCAAUUGGAGAAAUGGACAAACAUUGAGAAGAGUAUUCAACAUCAGAAAUCUAGAGCUAUGUGGAUUAAAUUGGGAGAUUCAAACAACAAUACUACAGUAGUGAGUAAGGCCAUCAUGAGGACAGGUCCAACCUUGAAUCACAUUCAACAACUGACACUGUGUGUAGAGGACAUCUAUGAAGCUGUGAAAGAAUUUUUCAAUACUGGGAAGCUAUACAAAGAUGUGAAUUGUACUGCUGUUACAUUGUUGCCCAAAGUUCCAAAUCUAUCCAAUAUAAGGGAGUAUAGGCCCAUUGCUUGUUGUACUAUUCUGUAUAAACUCAUAGCAAAGGUAUUGGCUGAUAGAAUUCAAAAGGUGAUAGCAAAUGUGAUAUCACAAACUCAGGCUGGAUUUAUUCCAGGAAGAAAAGUAGCUGAUAACAUCAUGCUUGCAAUGAGUUAG